AUGGGAUAUUCUAUUCAAUCACUGCGUGAUUCUAAAGAAAAUAGAAGCAGAUCUGAGCUGUGCAAUAUUGGUGUUUUCGGUACCACUAUCAGCGUAUCAUCUGAGGUCUCGUCGUCUUCCGUCCCAAUGUGUGAAUGUCCUUGUGGCUCUGGUUUGACAGUUUCAACACAAAGCGUGUCUUCGUCAUAUCGUGCAGGGAACCUUAAAUCCUACUCAUACAGUGUUUCAGCACCAAGUGUGUCUUCGUCAUAUGGCUCAGGGAACCCUACAUCCUACUCAUACAGUGUUUCAUCCACCAAUAAAACACAAAAUUAUGCCACCAGUUCGUACUACACAUCAUCUUCUCUGACUCCUGUUUGUUAUUGCCCAUGUGGCACAUCAACAUCGGUCGUGAAUGCGAUUUCUGUGUCUGGCAUCCAGCCCACACCGAGCUCAGUUCUCAAUGCUUCUACAUCUGCAGUUGUCUCCUCGUCAAUCAAUGAUUUUGCCACGGAAGCUCCUUCAAGCGUGGUUGACCACACCUCAUUGUGUGAGUGUCCCUGUCACAUAACGUCUAGGUUUUUAGCACAAGCGUCCUCGUCAGUAUCUGAUUUAGGAAGCCUUUCGUCCUUCACAUCCAGCGCUUUUGGACAACGUUCUUCAAUUUUGGCAGAAAGCUCAUGGUCCGUGUAUGAUUCAGGGAGCCACUCAUCCUUCACAAACAGCGUUUUUGGACAAAUUUCUUCAGCUUUGGAGGAAAACUCAAGGUCUUUGUAUGAUUCGGAGGGCCUCUCAUCUUCCGCAUCCAGCGCGUUUGCCGAAAGUCAUUCAGUUUCAGGAGAAAACUCAUGGUCGGUGUAUGGUUCAGAGAACCCUUCAUCUUCCACACCCAUGGUUUUUGCGCAAAAUGCUUCAGUUCCUGCAGAAACAUCAUUGUCGGUGUAUGAUUCAGAGAACCUUUCAUCUUCCACAUCUAUGGGUUAUAUACAAGAUACUCCAGGUUCAGUAAUAGCCCCAAUGGCGUUAACUGUUUCAGAGAACCUCGUAUCCUCCGCAUCUACUGGUUUAAUGCAAGACAUUUCUUCGGUUUCAGGGAGCCUUACAUCCUAUUCAUCAAGCGUUGGACGGAAAAUAAUAUCACCCACCAAUACAUACAGAAUGUCAUCGCGUUCGGCUUCCUCUGUCUGUUAUUGCCCAUGCAACACAUCAACACCUGCUCCUUCGCCAAUCAGCACUGUGUCUGGCAUCCAGCCCACAUCGAGCUCAGUUCUCAAUGCUUCUACAUCUGCAGUUGUCUCCUCGUCAAUCAAUGAUAUUGCCACGGAAGCUGUUGUUUCCCCCACGCCCACUCCAUCAGUUGCAAGCAACAUGUAUCCCUACGGACCGCAGCAAAAAGAUAAUGAAUUCGGUCUGGACGAUUCUCCUUAUUACUACUCCGACCACUGCCUGAAGAUCAAGACAGACUGGAUUGGAAUUCCUUUUUUCUCGGAGAGGCAUUACAAGUUAUAUAUUUGUCGAAAUGGUAUAAUCCAGUUGAAUUAUGAGUGGAGCUGGUGGUGGCCUCGGAAAUUUGGUAUCUACUGGUGGUCCAGAAACAUGGGUAUUAUUGCACCCUUCUGGGCCACAACCGACUCUUAUUUUGCCUUCAGAUACGGCAAUUCAAAGGUCUAUUAUCAAGUGUACAGCCAAACCAAAGAAACGUCAAAUGAAAUUCUGGAUAUAGCUUCAAAGCAUGUGCAGAGCUACAACAAAGGAUUUGGCGAAUUUAAGGCCACUUGGGUCCUUGUUGUGACCUGGGAAAAGCUCUGUCCAUACGUGUAUUAUCCAUACUACUAUUACUACAGAGACAUCAACGAGCAGAAUUUUCAGUUGAAUUGUCCCCGAAGUAACACCUUCCAAGCUGUCUUGAUAACCGAUGGGUUUAACGCAUUUUUGAUGUAUAACUACCCCCCUAAAGGAAUACAGUGGCUGGUUGACACAGAGCCUUGUGAAUUAUACUUUAUCUUAAUUUUUUGGAUUGUUUCCCAGAGUAACACCUUCCAAGCUGUCUUAAUAACGAAUGGAUUUAACGCUUUUUUGAUGUAUAACUACCCCUCUAAAGGGAUACAGUGGCUAGUUGACGAAGAUCCGGAUAACUACCGUUACUGGACCUACUUCUAUGGUCUUCCUGUUGCCGGCUGGAAUGCAGGGGACGACGGCGAACAUUUUGAGAACUUGAAAGGCUCUGGUACAUUUGGAUUGACUGAAAUCGAUAAGAAGGCAGGAAACACGGGUGUGGUGGGAAGGCACUUUUGGAGAAUUGAAAACAGCGACGGAGAAGGUGCACAGGAGAAAUGCUUACGUUGGGACAUGCAAAAUAGAGCCUGGAAAGUUCUCGACCGGUAUGAGGAACUUAUCCAAUCAGACUCGGAAAUGGCCUGCCCCUGUACUGGGUGGCAGGCAUUUUUCGAUAGGGGACGAUUUAGGUGGAAUUGGAGGAACUCAUGGCCUGAAUUAUGUUUUGAGUCCAGACGUUCCAAGCGCUUUGAAUUCAACACCACAGAUGGACCAUUAGAAUUUGAAUUGAUACAACAGUGUUGUUACUCUACACAGUGGGAAGACUGGUUAUCCCUUAAGUUCGGACCACCUGACGGAGGACGCGUAAAACUCACAUUCCCAGAUGACUCGAAUAAUCGCACAAAAAGCUUCUACACAGAUGAGCAGGCUUAUAAAUAUUGCUGCGUCGACUCACUCAACUGUGAUUUGUUUUAUGAAUUACGUCCGUCCGAUAGCUGCUCAAACUACGUACCUCAAUUCCGUCUAACUUUCGUCGCCACUGACGAACAAAAUGCCAGCGCAAUUUGGAGCCCAACCAUCAGAAUGUGCGCGUGCCAACAUGACGGUCAAUGUGUGGAGCCACAAGAAGGCGACGCAGUCAAGACUGACAGCAAGUUUGUAUACCUGGGCUGUGUGUGCCAGGGAGGGUACACAGGAAGGUUCUGUGACAGCGAGAUUAAUGCCUGCGAAUGGAAUGGUGAGCCGUGUUACGCGGGAGUUAAGUGCAUUGAUCUUCCUCCACCAGCUAAUUCCAGUGGAUAUGAAUGUGGACCAUGUCCAUCAGGGUACACAGGAAAUGGAGCGCAGUGUGUAGAUAUUGACGAAUGCAAAAAAAACUCGCCAAAGGAAUGUGAGCAUAAAUGCGUCAAUACCCCUGGUUCUUUCUUUUGUGAUUGUAACGAUGGAUUCAAGCUUAAAGAUGACAGGCGCAACUGUGAAGAUAUCGACGAAUGCUUUCCGACUAGUGACUGUAUGCAGAAUUGUAACAACGCCGUGGGAAGUUAUAACUGCUCAUGUAGAGAGUAUUUUAAAACUGACCCAACUGAUUGGAAGAAGUGUGUAGCCAAAAACCCAUGUACUUCUGACUCUGACCCUGGUUGCAAUCAUGUUUGCUACGAGGAUAGCAACAAGCAAGCAGCUUGUACUUGUAGAGCUAAUUUCGAGCUGCAAAGUGACGGAAAGACUUGUGAAGACAUUAAUGAAUGUGAUCCAACUAAAGACCUCCAUCGAUGCGAUCAGACUUGUACAAAUACCCCAGGAAGUUAUAUCUGUUCGUGUAAGAAAGGUUUUGAGUUGAAAAAAGAUGGCUACGGGUGUGAAGAUAUCAACGAGUGUUUGGAUGAUGACACGUACGAAUGUCCGGAUAAAAACCAGAGGUGCGUCAACACUCGUGGCUCUUACAGGUGUGAAUGUGUUCAAGACACGUAUUACUUUGAUGGAAAAUGCCAAGGUUUGAAGAAAAACCAGCCAAGUCCUAAGCUACCACUUCCUAAACCCCGUAACGCAUCAGAAUCCGAAAAGGAAGAAGCUGUUCAGUUCUCAAUUCCAAGUGGGAUUGAAUGGGACUAUGAUAGAGACAAGUCGUUUAAAACAGUAGUAGCGACAGUCGCAUCAGAUUUCUGCAAUAAGAACAGGAUUUUAUUUGCUAACGUUAACGCGCUAACGUGUUUUGAUUUUAUGCGUUUGCCGUUCUAUCCCUCCAGACGUUCUUCUUAUAACGUCCUUUACGACUAUGAGAAAGUUCAUCUCCUGCCUGGUUAUCCCAAGAACUCAUCAGACUCUCUCCAUUUAGCAUUUUACGUACUGCAGCCUGAUUUUCUCUUCAUCGGAAAUAGCUCAGUUCUUCCUCGUGACACUUUGGUGGCCAUUAUGACAGCUCACAAGCCCGACAUCGAGGAAGCCAUAGGAACAAACAUCUCUGGUAUAGAAGCUUUAUUUAAACCCCCCACAACUACUGAGUCACCAAUAGCAAGCAACAUGUAUCCCUACGGACCGCAGCAAAAAGACAAUGAAUUCGGUCUGGACGAUUCUCGUUAUUACUAUUAUUACUACUAUCGCCGUUGUUUGAAGAUCAACACAGAUUGGAUUGGAAUUCCGUUUUUCUCGGAGAGGCAUUACAAGCUAUAUAUUUGUCGAAAUGGUAUAAUUCAGCUGGACUAUGAGUGGAGCUGGUGGUGGCCACGGAAAUUUGGUAUCUACUGGUGGUUGAGAAACAUGGGUAUUAUUGCGCCUUUCUGGGCUACAACCGAUUCUUAUUUUGCCUUUAGAUACGGUCAUUCAAAGGUUUAUUAUCAAGUGUACAGGCAAGCCAAAGAAACAUCAAAUGAAAUUCUGGAUAUGGCUUCAAAGCAUGUGCAGAGCUACAACAAAGGAUUUGGCGACUUUAAGGCCACUUGGGUCCUUGUUGUGACCUGGGAAAAGCUCUGUCCAUACGUGUAUUAUCCAUACUACUAUUACUACCGAGACAUCAACGAGCAGAAUUUUCAGUUGAAUUGUCCCCGAAGUAACACCUUCCAAGCUGUCUUGAUAACCGAUGGGUUUAACGCAUUUUUGAUGUAUAACUACCCCCCUAAAGGAAUACAGUGGCUGGUUGACACAGAGCCGUAA